GGCGGAAGAGAAACACCAAUUCUCGUAGAAGGUUGACUGAAAUUACUUCGUAAGUAAGGUCUGUGUAAAUAUUCCUUUAAGGUUCUAGCGACACUUAAACCUAAUGAAGACCUUCCUCAGUAUGGAUUUUUUGAAGAAGCAGGAAUCGAUCUAAACAAAGAAAUACCAAAUUUAGAAAUUCUAGUUUUUGCUGUUUUUCAUUCGAUAAAGCUGUAUGAAAAUUGCAAUGUUGUGCUGCGUGCGUGGGGCACCGCGAACCGAGCAGAACGAAAUCCUGGACAUCAAAAAGAUUUUAGAAGAUUUCGCCUGGAACAAUUUUAAGUCUACUCAGGGUGUAUGUGCUAAAACAUUUUUACGUCGACGAGAUUUUAUUGUCGAUGUUCCUCUGAAUUUCUACCACACAGAAGACGUCAACCAACAGCUGACUCCUCGUCAACUCAAGAAAGAACUGUCACGCUCAGGACAUGAUCACAAACAUGGCGACCAUACUUCAGACCUCAGAACUGAAUUCCGUAACAACACGGGAACAGAUCAAACGUACAAAUUCAGAUUUGAACGCACGCGUAAGGCAGGCGUGACUGUUACGUUCCAGAAAGGUUUCACAUUUGGUGGGAAAGCUCAAUUUUCUCUUGGACUUCCAGUUGCUGGAGGAAAGUUCUCUGGCGACGUAAACAUGACCUUGCAAGUCACGAAGACCGAUGCCGAGAAUUUUGAAGAUACGUUGGUGUUGGAAACUACGAGUGAUAUCUUUGUAGAGAAAAAACACAGCUAUAUCACAGGAGUGAUUUUAAAGCACAGAGAUGUAUCUUAUGACUUCACUCUGGACACAAUUAUAACUAUGCCUCUAAACAAGGCACCUGUCGCGAUUAAGAAACGCAAAGGCGGUGAGGUCGUGUCCUCAUUUUACAUCAACAAUUUAAAGGAUGUUUUCAUGAACUUUCCGAAUGUUGAAUUUAUUUCCGUACCCUCGGCUGAUGGCAAAACUCAAACAUACUCCGUAAAAAUCAGAACUUCUGGAAUCAUGGAAGGUGUGCAACUUUCCAAUCAGGAGAUUGUCCUAGACUCUAAAAAGAUUGAGAGUGAGGACAAAUCUACGUCAACCCUUGAUCUAGUUCUACCAACGACAGAUGGGGGAACAACCGCCACCUUGGGGACAACGACCAGCUCGGGAACUACGACUUCCUCGAGGACUACAACCAACACCUCGACAACCACCACCUCGGGGACAACGACCAGACCAGAGGAGGACAUUAGAUGCAAAACCACAACCGGUGCCAACAUGGGUACCAACGCAUUGGAAAAAUCAGAAGGCGCACAAAGGAAUCUAAGGGAAGACACUGGCGUCAAUGAAUUGUCACAGGUUCCUACGAUUGUUAAAACCUCUUCUGGAGCACCACGAGCAUCCCAAAUUACCAGCGAUAACGAAGCAUCACCUGAACAAGGGGUGCGUCCUAAAAGUCCACUUCCAAUGCACAAACUUGUUGCAUUCCCUCAAGGGACAAGUCCCAAGCCUCAAAGACCUAAAUCACCUAAAGUGACCUAUCUGUGAUUCGUGUAUACAAUCUCUUAAAGAUGUAUUAUAUAAGAUUUAGAUUUAAGGCAAGACACUACCUUAUAAAACACUCUGUAUAGAUUGAUCUGUCAAAUUUUGAUAUCAGCUAAAAUUGCCCAAAAUAGUUAAAAUUUGUUGAUUUUUCAAGUCGUGUCCAGCCUUUAUAUUAUAUAGUGUUAAAUAUUUAGUCAUUUGUAUAGGUAAAUCAAAUUUUUAACUUUUAACUUGCUUUUUUCCGUACUCAAUUUUUCACCCAUAUCAGGUCUUAUAAAAUCAAAUUCUCAAAAUCUAUGAGAGAUAAUGGUCUCAUCUUUGGAAUACGAUUAGUGCUAUAGCUAUUGUUUGCAAUAAGAUGAUUUUCAAAGUGUUUGUUAUACAUUUGGACAUUUUAUUGUACAAAAUCCUUUUAGUGGUGUGUUCGGCCACACCCACUUGUUUUAUGUGGGAUGCAUAAUGUUCUUUAUUAACAUUCAAAUAGUAAAAUUUAUGCCUUAUUGCACUCUUUAAUGCCUAUAUAUGUUAUUCCAAAUCACAAAUAGUUUGUUUCAAUAAAAUUGUUGAAGAUUUUGAUUUCCUAACAUAGCCACCGUGAAUAUAUAAAAAAAAUCCAAUAUGGCGACCAUUUUCAUGAAAACAAAUAAACAUUUUGCGCUCAAAUUAUCAAAUCUGAUUUGGGACAUCAUAUACUAAUAUUACACUAAAUGGCAAGUUUCUGUUAUCAAUGUAAAAUUCUUAGGUAGUGUCCUGCCUUAAAAAAAAAGCUAACAGUUUUCACUAUAAUAGUUAAAAAAUGAAAAGGGGCUAGUAUACUGAAACUUUCAGUCAAAUUACUUCACUCCGAGCGGAAUUAUGGCCGUUUGAAGAACAGUGCUGUCUCAAUUGUCAUUGCUACCGUUGUUACGAUAAUAAAGUCUCGAUUAUCCAUUUUUAAAUUAAGUUAUUAACUAGUGAUCGUGUUUAAAUCCGUUGAAAAUCAUAACCACACGAUGGUCUAGAGUGUUGGUUAUGGGCUUGGCAUGUGAAUAAAUGAUUUAUAUAAUAUUUGGGGCCAAACCAAAGAUCUGCAAUAGGAAUAUUUAGCUCUAACAUAAUGCAUCUUUAACAAGUUUGCUCAAAGCCAGUCUGAUUAAAAUCCAGAUCUAUAUUUGGUUUCUUUUUUUUAUACUUUCGUUGACUUCCAUAAAAUGAAGAUCUGGCCGGUUGUAGUGGAAGGUUGCGCAGGGGUCAUACGACAUUUGAUUAACCAAUCAGUGUUGAGUUGAUUUUUUCUAGAGGGAUACCCACAAUUCCUUGCACCAAGAAUUUGCUGUAACAGACCGUUUCAUUGGCUAAUCUCCCUCACAUCAACUAGAAUGAGGGUUAUAUAACAACUCUUCCAGAUCCUAGUGUAGUAAAGACAAGUAAAACGAAAUUUUAAACUAUAAAAAACGAAACGAAAUAGGAUCUGUGUUUUAAUCAGAUUGGCUGAAAGCUAUCUUCCCAAGACUCGUGUAGGAUGUUUCAAAUCUGUCUUAAUUAACGAGUUCGCUGAAAGCCAUCUUCCCAGGACUAAUGAUUCGUGGUGGAUGUUUGAAAUCUCUCUUAAAGACUUUAUUUUACUGAAAAGAAGAUAACGUGGCAGCUCAAUAGAUUAUGCCUACUGUUUAUUUAUCAUAUUAAAGAGAUAGACGAAAAAACAAGAAACUAGAUAUUAAUCAACAAUAUGGGUAGAUACAUAUUUAGAAUGUUGUUCUGUGUUAUCCGCGUUUGAAUUAUGACUGAUAUGGUGUUUUAGUACAGUUUUAUUGAUCUUAAACCUUCUGCUGACAGUAAAAUUGGAUGUUGAAAGACCUAAAGACAUUUUGUGUUCAAUGGUGGUAUCAGGUGUUUGGAAAAGAAUUAGCGUUUUCUGCCUCUGCCUCGUGUACGACAACUGACACAUACUGAAGACUAGCAUUAACAUUUUUUUUUUUUAGCCUACUAUUUUAUAUAUCCUUGAAAAUAUAAUCUGUAAUUUUAUGUGGAGGUUUCAAUAAAUUUGCUUUAAUCAUAA